AUGGAAGAGGCUCAAUUUUCAGAGGAAUUAUUUAGUACGCAAGAUGAAGCCACGUUUCAAAACGCAGAUUCCUUGCCGGACGUUGUUCCUGAAAAGUCAAUGGAAGAAGAUUUAAUACCUGUGACAUCAGAAAACACGUCCAGCAGUGCAGCACAAGCAGCGAGAGCAUCGGUGGAAAAGGAUACUCCGGAUCUUGUUUUUUCUGAAGAUAUCGAUUUUGAUAAACAUUGCGAAGAGGCUAUCGAUGCUUCAGAUAAAUCUGGCGCUGUUGAUGCAGUAGAAGCUGUUGAAUCGAACGAAAAUGCUGAGAAUAUCGCACAACCAGAAACAUCCGACGAGGCCACAGAAUCCAAUGCACCUCAACCCAAGGGAGAAAACGUCUCAAGCUCUAAUGCACCUGCAGAGCGAUUGGCUCUGUUUCCGUUUGCCCGAAUAAAGCAAAUCAUGAAAUUGGAUCCCGACGUUGGAAUAGUCUCGGCAGAGGCAAUAUUCGUGGUGACGAAAGCGGCCGAAUUGUUCCUUCAAACGCUUGCGAAAGAUACCAGCUCGCACACACUUGCUUCCAAAAAGAAAACGAUGAGCAAGAAGGAUGUGGAAUCAGCAAUAGAUAAUGUGGACGCACUGAUGUUUCUCGAGGGAAUGAUGAAUGUGUAGCUUUGUGGAAUGAAAUAU